GUAUCUGUUUAAAUUUUCUAGUCCUACUAGUUAAAUUUUUUGGCGUUAUUUUCAGGAAUACAGAAGAUCAUUUUCGGAUUGGUGGUCCCUUUAAGUACUGUGACGUCAGCUCAGCGCCCAAUAGCGGCGCGUAAACUCAACUUUACAGUUUGUUGUCACAACUGCUAGCUAAGUUUAAGCUAACACCAGCAAACUGUUGCGCUAACAAGACGCCUUUGUUGAUAUUUAUCAAACGUAGGCUUUUUUUGUCAGAUACGAGUGACUCACACAAUAUAUUUUUUUAUUUGUCAUAAAGAAAAUGACUUCCGCUUUGUCUGAUCCCACCCUUGAGAGGCAUUUCAAGGGUCACAGGGGUGCAGUGACGAGCGUAGAUUUCAGUUGCAAUAUGAAACAGAUUGCCACAGGUUCUGUGGACUCAUGUGUAAUGAUCUGGAACAUGAAACCUCAGAUGCGAGCUUAUCGCUUUGAGGGCCACAAAGACGCAGUCACGUCUGUGCAGUUUUCUCCAUCGGGUCACAUGGUCGCUUCGGCCUCCAGAGACAAGACUGUACGUCUUUGGGUUCCCAGCAUAAAGGCGGACUCAACAGAGUUCAGGGCUCACACCGCCGCUGUGCGUUGUGUUAACUUUUCUGACGAUGGACAGACUCUGGUAACAGCAUCUAACGAUAAGACCAUCAAAGUGUGGACCGUUCACAGGCAGAAGUUUCUCUUCUCCUUCAACCAGCAUGUCAACUGGGUUCGUUGUGCCAAAUUUUCUCCAGAUGAUCGUUUGAUUGUAUCAUGCAGCGAUGAUAAGACGAUAAAACUGUGGGACAAAAACAGCAGAGAGUGCAUCCAAUCUUUCUUUGAACAUGCUGGUUAUGCAAACCAUGUCGACUUUCACCCCAGUGGAACGUGCAUUGCUGCAGCGAGUACUGACAGCUCUGUGAAGCUGUGGGACAUCAGAACCAAUAAGAUGCUUCAGCAUUACCAAGUCCACAGUGGUGCGGUGAAUAGUUUGUCUUUCCAUCCUGCUGGUAACUUCCUCAUCACGACGUCCAGCGAUUCUACAGUGAAAAUAUUGGAUCUUUUGGAGGGAAAGCUACUGUACACGCUGCACGGACAUCAGAGUUCAGUUACCUGUGUGGCGUUUUCUAGGACAGGGGACUACUUUUCCUCCGGAGGAGCUGAUGAGCAGGUGAUGGUGUGGAAGAGCAACUUUGACUGCAUCAAACACGGUAAUGGAGUCAAAGUGCAAAAGAAAGGCACUUCCACUGUCAGACCACCAACAAGCAGCUCCAUGGCUCGCUUUCCCCUCAACUCCGAUCCGUCUGUGCUUCACUGCCAGACAUCUGAACCAGCAGAGCAUGUUAACAGACAGGAAUCUCAAACUGCUUCCCACGCUCAGAGCUUCAGUCAUGGAAGUCACAGCAGAGCCGCUCAUUCCCAAGUCUACAGGGACCCCAGCAUCAGCUCCUCUUCCACCCGACAAACUCAGACUACACAGCUGCCUUCACGCCACCAUCAAUCAGACAGCCAUACUUCAGAUGGAAAGGUUCCUUCUGGCAUAGCGAACGCACUGGAACACAUUAUAGGCCAGCUGGAUAUUCUUACUCAGACCGUUUCGAUUUUGGAACAACGACUGACGCUGACGGAGGACAAGCUUAAAGAGUGUUUGGAGAAUCAAGUGGAGAUUGGGUUGCAUCUCCAGAGAGAGGAGGCCAAAUGAUUAGACAAAACUCAAACUUUCAUUUCUUUUCUUUUUUUUUUUUAUGCAAAUGUGAUCCAAAAAGUCUUCAAGCCUUACCCCUGAUUUACUCUGGUUAUAUUGCACAGAGAAAUCAGAGAUAAGAAAGUUGAAUAUUAUUAGACGUUUUUCUGCAGGAAUGCUUAGUGCGCAGUCUUUUCUGCUGACAGGGGACUAAACUGUCUGCAUGCGUUUGUGUGUGGUGUCUGCAUCUGCAAAAUGAUGCUGUCUGAACAGUACAAAGAAGGGACUUCAGUGCUUCACGUUCAUAGAUGAGCAUCAAAAACUGUAUUUUUAGAGUUUACAUCCAACAUUCUGCAACAACAAACUUUCAUAUUUAAGAAGUAAAAUGUAAAUGUACUGUAUUGCUUUUAUUAUAUUCCGCUUUUGACAUUUUCCUAAAAACAAUAAAUUAUUUUACUUAUCACUUAA